UCAUAGUUUUUCAUGUUCUUACGAGCACCAAAGUUUUUUCACCUAUUUAUCUUUUUAACAAUCUGUUUUUGAUUGUUUGUGUAUAUAUGAUCUGAACUGGUGUGCACGAUGAUUAAUCUGCAAAACCCACUUAUUUUGCUGGAAAAAGGUGGCUUCAUAUGAAUAUUAGUGUUUUUGAUUAUUCAAAACCUUAAAUUUGUCACCAAGCGCUUGCAACAUCUAUUUAGGUUGCACACAAGUUGCUCGAUAAAAUGCUUGAAUGAAGUUUUAUUCUCACAUUGGUUACAUUCAAGUGUAUGCCACCAUAAGGGUCGCAACGGAUCAGGCAUGUGGAAAUUCAACAGAAGGUGACACAUCAGUUUCAUCAGUUUAAAAAGAGAGACUGUGAUGUCUUUAUUAUGUUGAUAUUUAGGGGAAAACGGUUACUGAUUGAUUUCAAGGGUUUCCUUCUUCUAUGUUUUUUUUUGUUCGUUAUAAUUGCUAUAUCUACUUUUUUGUCUACUAGAUGUGGAUUUUGAUAGUAGAUAAAAGUUAUGAAACGGCAUCAUUUGGAUUUUUUUUGUUUUUACACUUAAUGAUGGUUAUUGCAUUUGUUUAUUAUGUUGGGUUUUUGUUUUAUAUUAGUUUGUUAUAAAAUAUUGAUGUGAAGAUCGAGCUUUGUUUUGUAGUGGAAGUAUGUUUCGGAUACUUCAAAGGAAUACAACCUAGGUUAGAUUAGAAAACGGCAUCUUUAAAUAAUCAUAUUAAUAUUGUAUCACUCAUUAGAGGGAUUGCUAUGGGAGGUGGUGCAGCCAUUGCAAUACAUGGUAGAUUUCGAGUUGUUACAGAUAAUACGUUUUUUGCAAUGCCAGAGACUGCAUUAGGGUCAUUCCCAGAUGUAGGUGCAUCUUAUUACUUAUCAAGACUACCUGGAUUCUUCGGAGAAUAUGUGGGUCUUACGGGUGCAAGAUUGGAUGGUGCUGAAAUGCUUGCAUGUGGUCUUGCAACCCACUUCGUCCCGUUAGAGAAAUUAUCCUCAUUAGAAGAUGCAUUAUGCAAAGCAACUACAGGUGAUCCAAAAAUUAUCAACAAUAUUAUACUACAUGACUUCUCAAACAAAAAUCCUACGUUAAAAGAAAAGAGCCACUAUUUCCGGUUAAAAACCAUUAAUAGUUGUUUCUCUCGGAGAACUGUUGAGGAGAUUAUCUCUGCACUUGAGGAGGGUGAUAAAAACAUGGAUGACUGGAUCUCAUGGACUAUCCAGGCCUUAAAGAAAGCAUCACCAACAAGUCUCAAAAUUUCUCUUUGCUCUGUACAUAUACUGCUUUAAGAGCCGGUGUUUACCUUGAAUCCGAUAUUUUACCACAUCGUGAGGUUGAUGCGGUUGACCCUAAAAGCCGACACAAGGGGAAUCUCGAGACCGAGAUCUUACUAGAGUCAAAAGGUGUCAACUACACUUCUAUAAGACCCGUUUAUAUCUACGGCCCGUUGAACUACAACCAUGUCGAAGAGUGGAUUUUCCAUAGGUUGAAAGCGGGCCGACCCAUCCCCAUUCCC